CGCUAAAGCCAAUCGCACGCUAGAUUACAUCUCAACUUGGGAUGAACUGGUGUAUCGCUGGAGUAAUUCUGCCAGGGAAACAUUCGUGGUUCCUCUUAAUGGGUGACAAGCUUCUCGACUUUAGCCGAAAGAAUUGCAACACUGGAUCCUCCUUCUGAGCCAGCGAAGCUGCAGUUCAUCUGCAAUGGAGCCGCUCCUGGGGAUCACUUGCUUCCUAUUCUGUUUGGUGCCCAUUUGGCCAGCGCAUACCCUUUACAUAUCGAAGGAUAGAGAUUCCCUUCUGAAGAAGUUAGAGGAGUACAGUCUUGUAACCCCAGUCAGUACAGACUCUAAGGGCAAAUAUGUUUCUCACUCUGUGACAAAGAGAGAAACCCACCGUUAUAGAAGAGAUGCCAGCAAUCUUGAAAAGACCUCUGCCGAGAGAAUAUAUUAUAAUGUCACUGUUUUCGGGAGGGAAUUUCACUUGAAGUUAAGAGUUAAUUCAAAACUUGUUGCACCAGGCGCAACAAUUGAAUGGGAGGAAGAUGCCAAUGUGACUGUUAUUGAACCUCUGAACACAAAUUGCCUUUAUGUUGGUGAUAUAACAGACUUGCCAAAUGCCUCUGUUGCUAUAAGCAACUGCGAUGGACUGGCUGGUAUAAUUCGCACAGAAGAAGAAGAAUUUUUUAUUGAACCACUGGAAAAAGACAAGGAAGGAGAAGAUGAAGGGAGAGUUCAUAUUGUUUAUCGGAGAUCGGCUGUAUUAAAGUCUUUUCAAGGCAAUAACACUGACAUUCAACUUAAUGAAACCACGCAGCAUAGUCCAAAUCUCUUGGAAAAUAUUAUUGAUAAUGUGCAAGAGCAAGUCAAUAGUACAAGAAAAAGAACUCGGAGACAUGCAAGUGAUGAUGAUUUUAACAUUGAAAUUCUUCUUGGAGUUGAUGAUUCUGUCGUGCAAUUCCAUGGAAAGGAAUAUGUUCAGAAAUACCUUUUGACGCUCUUAAACAUUGUUAAUGAAAUCUACCACGACGAAUCCUUGGGUGCCCAUAUUAAUGUUGUGCUUGUACGGAUCAUCAUGCUAAGUCAUUCAAAAUCUUCCAGCUUAAUCGAGGUUGGGAAUCCUUCUCAAAGUUUAGAGAAUGUCUGUCGGUGGGCCUAUCUGCAGCAGAAACCAGAGACUGGACAUGCUGAAUAUCAUGACCAUGCAAUAUUUCUCACAAGACAAGAAUUUGGUCCAUCAGGCAUGCAAGGUUAUGCUCCAGUUACAGGAAUGUGCCAUCCUGUGCGAAGCUGCACACUUAAUCACGAAGAUGGAUUUUCUUCAGCUUUUGUAGUAGCUCAUGAGACUGGUCAUGUGUUAGGUAUGGAACAUGAUGGCCAAGGAAAUCGAUGUGGAGAUGAGGUACGAAUGGGAAGCAUAAUGGCCCCACUGGUACAAGCAGCAUUUCAUCGCUUUCAUUGGUCUCGGUGUAGCCAGCAAGAGCUCAGCCGUUACUUAAAUUCCUAUGAUUGUCUCAGAGAUGAUCCUUUCGAACACAAUUGGCCUUCUCUACCUCAACUACCAGGGAUUCACUACUCUAUGAAUGAGCAAUGCAGAUUUGAUUUUGGUCUGGGCUACAUGAUGUGUACAGCGUUUCGGACAUUCGACCCCUGCAAGCAGCUUUGGUGCAGCCAUACUGAUAACCCUUACUUCUGUAAAACAAAAAAAGGACCUCCUCUGGAUGGAACAAUGUGUUCUUAUGGGAAGCACUGCUUCAAAGGACACUGUAUCUGGCUGACACCAGAUAUCCUCAGGCAAGAUGGGAACUGGGGGCAGUGGAGCAAGUUUGGCUCUUGCUCUCGCAGCUGUGGCACAGGAGUACGAUAUAGAACCCGGAGCUGUGACAAUCCACAUCCAGCUAAUGGUGGUCGUUCCUGUAGUGGCCCAAGCUAUGAGUUACAGCUGUGCAACACUGAAGACUGUAAAACUGAUUUUGAUGACUUCCGGGAAGAGCAAUGUAAACAAUGGGAUCCAUACUUUGAAUAUCAGGAUUCUAAACAUAACUGGCUUCCAUACGAUCACCCUGAUGAAAAAGAAAGAUGCCAUCUUUACUGCCAAUCAAAAGAAACUGGCGAUGUAGUAUAUAUGAAAAGAUUAACACAUGAUGGAACACGGUGCUCAUACAAAGAUUCUUACAACAUCUGUGUUCGUGGUGAAUGUCUGAAAGUUGGUUGUGACAAAGUAAUCGGCUCAAAAAAAAAAGAAGAUAAGUGUGGGGUGUGUGGUGGUGAUAACUCACACUGCAAAGUUGUAAAAGGAACAUUCACAAGAACGCCUAGGAAACAAGGUAAUGUAAGAAUAUUUGAAAUUCCAGUGGGAGCACGUCAUUUGCUGAUUCAAGAAACCGGUGCCUCCAUACACAAUCUUGCUAUCAAAAACCAAGCAUCAGGGAAAUUCAUCCUGAAUGAUGAAAAUGUCACCCUGCCAGACUCUAAAAUAUUUGUUAACAUGGGAAUUGAAUGGGAAUAUCAAAAUGACGAUAACCGUGAAACAGUUCAGACCAUGGGACCUCUUCAUAAUCCAAUCACCAUACUUGUAAUUCCUCGUGGACAUUCCAAAAUUUCAUUGAGUUAUAAAUAUAUGAUACAUGAAGAUUCCUUCAAUGUAGAUAACAACAACGUUGUGGAAGAUGUGGUUGUGACAUAUGAAUGGACUUUGAAAAAAUGGUCGCAUUGUUCCAAACCAUGUGGAGGAGGUCAUCAGUUCACAAAAUAUGGCUGUAGAAGAAAAUCUGACCACAAAAUGGUUCACAAAAACUUUUGUGACUCUAUCCAAAAACUGAAACCAAUUAGAAGAGUAUGCAAUCUUCAGGAAUGUUCCCAGCCACUCUGGAUUAGCGGAGAAUGGGAACCUUGCACCGUGACAUGUGGCAAAUCAGGUUAUCAGUUCCGGACAGUGAAGUGUAUUCAGCCAUUGAAUGACAACAAAAACCGAUCUGUUCAUAACAAAUACUGCAGUGAUGACCGACCAGAGGCCAAAAGACCUUGUAAUCGUCAACCUUGUCCUGCUCAGUGGAGAAUUGGGCCUUGGUCUCAAUGUUCUGUAACUUGUGGCAAUGGUACAGAAGAAAGACAGGUUCAUUGUGGUUCAGAUAUCAACAAAUCCGCCAACUGUAGUGAGGAAAAGCCAGAAACAAUACGGAUAUGCAGAUUGUCUCCAUGUUCUGGAAAUGCAUCUGAUCCAUAUAAGAAGAAUUACAUUGUACAAUGGCUGUCAAAACUGGACCCAGACUAUCCCCUUCACAAGAUAUCUUCAAAAGAAAGCUGCCUUGAAGACAAGUCGAUGGUCUGUCGAUUGGGAAUUUUACAGCGUUACUGCUCAGUGCCCGGCUACAGCAGAAUGUGUUGUAAAGCGUGCAACGCAUCCCAGUUGUACAAUGACUCCAAAAUGAAUAGCAGUAGUGAUCCAGCACUCCCAAUCCCAUCGCCUCCCACUCUCUAUAACACUACUGUGACAUUCACCCCUGAUUACAAGCAAAAUGUUUCAAACCCCAACAUAACUGACCAACAUAAUAACAGGGUCGACGUGCCGUACAAAAUUCAGGAAUUACAGAACGAAGUGCCACAACUCAACGCCAUUCCUCGGAGAAGAUCCACAUUUGGAAGGACAAAGAACCAAAGAAUUCAGCAGCUAAUCGCAGAGAAGGUCAAACAGGAGUCAAAAAGGAAGUCGAACUGAUCUCAGUGUAAAAAGUGUUACUGUCUUUUUGAAAGGAAAAAGUAAAAAAAAGAAUGUUUAACUAGA